AAAGUGAUAGAGGAAAUGGAACUCAUUAGGAAUGAAGCUACAUGGAUGGUUAAUAAAGGGAAGUUGUUGCUAAUGGGAAACUAUUCAAUUCAUGCUGCUGCUACUGUGAAAAAACAAGCCCUGAUGAAAUUCAAGAAACAAUUGGUUGAUCCUCUUAACUACCUCGAAUCGUGGAAAGAUUCUUAUUCCGAUUCAGAUUCCGAUUCCCAUUGCCGUUUUUACGGAGUUCUCUGUGAUAAAAAAAUUGGAUCUCGUCUCAGCCGAGCUGAAAAACUGCAUAAAUUUCAAAAUUUAAAUGUCUCAAAUAAUGACAUGAAUGGAACUGUGCCUGACUUAUCGAGCCUCAAGAAGCUCGUAGCACACGACUUGUGUGAUAACGAGUAUUCCGGGCCCUUCCUAGAAUGGGUCGGGAGCUUGCCAGAGCUGACGUGGUUGAGUUUGGGCGGUAACAGCUUCGACGAGGGCGAAAUCCCAGAAUAUUGA